AUGGAGUAUCAACAAGUUACUGGCAGCCUAAACGCAGAUCGACUUGCGUACAAUAUGGAUUCGUGUACGGAAUUCAAGCUGCCACCAAACGAAAGUUGCGAUCUUGAUUACACCAAUUUGGCCCUAGUCUUCAAUUACGAGCCCGAACGCCUUUCAGUAGCUAUGCUCGAUGUUGGGCGGUAUAUUUGCAAGCCGUAUAACAUUGAACACUACUCAAAGUUUGGAGAGAUGAGUGGCAGUAUCCUUGACCCCGCCCGACAUCAGGAGUUAUCUGAAAAUCUCAAGCUUUAUUUAGAAGUAUUCAACGCAGGAAUGAGAAAGAAGUGGUCUUAUCAAGACGCACUGAGUUAUCUGCGGGCCGUUGUACUAAGUGGCGAAGCCUCAGACUCAGGCAUGGAAGAGAUGCGUCUUGCUCUUGCGUCUGCUCUCCCAGAGUACCAGGACAAGUUUCGCAUGUCGUUAGAUUCCCAUUUCGUUGGCGCUUUUGGAGCUGCGCAGAGGGCAAGGCAUAUUGUGCAGAAUCCGAAGUUCCUUUCCCCGUCAGAUCCGGGGUAUGCACCUGGGAAUCCGGGCGGACAUGUACACGAAGAGUUGUGA